AUCUACCUCUCCAAAGCGGCAAAACCCUUCACCCUCGUCCCGUUCCAGUCCAUUGUGGAGAGAGCCAGAGGAUAUGGAGUUGGAGCAAGCACUGGCGCUGCCGAGAACCAGCAUCCUUCUCUCUAACCCUCGUAACCCUCCGAUUGCAUCCCAUCGUAUACCCGCUUCGUCCCUUAAACCUCUGUUUCCCGUUCGUCUUCACUCCGGUUCAGCAGGGCUUUUCAAGAACCGGCGACCUGGUGUCGAUGGGGGCGCCAAAUGUUCGGUGGAUUACAAUGGAAGCAACGGGAACUACGGCGGAUUGGGGGCUCCGCAGUUCCCAAGGCCGUCGGAGAUACAGUGGAGAAAGGAGCUAUGUAACGCCGUGCACCUCAUCGGCAUAGUCGCUACGCCUGUCCAAAUCAAGCACCUUAGCUCCGGCAAGGUCCUUGCCUGGUCUCGCCUCGCCGUCAAGAAGUCUUCUACGGAGACCGCCUGGAUCAAUUUGACAUUCUGGGAUGAGUUGGCUCAUAUUGCUUCUCAACACAUAGAGAAAGGCAACCAAAUAUUUGUCUCUGGCCGGCUGGUCUCAGAUACAGUUGAAAUUGAGGAUGGGAAGCAGCAGACAUACUACAAGGUUGUUGUUCAGCAGCUGAAUUUUGUUGAAAGAAAUUUCUCUCCUGUGGCUUUGUACGAUGGGGACUCUAAUUCUUCUAGACCAGGUAGGACAGUUAGCAAUUAUGCUGCCAAUAAUACAGGCUCCACGGAGGAGCUAUGGCAAGCAUUCUUUGCUAAUCCAGUGGAUUGGUGGGACAACAGAAAGAGCAAGAGAAACCCAAAGUAUCCAGAUUUCAAGCACAAAGAUACAGGGGAAGCCCUGUGGAUCGAAGGUAGGUAUAAUCCUCCCUGGGUAAAGUCCCAACUGGCAAUACUGGAUUCAAGAAUGGAGUCUUUUCAUGAUCAAAAUGAUAACGUGCCAAUAAAUUUUGUUGCCGGCAGUGAUUACACACCUUUUUAAUUGCCCAUUGUGCUCAUCUCCCGAUAUGGGUCUGAGCAGAAUAUUUUGCUUUGUAUAGUUCUAUUUUCCUCUUCGGCAGAAAGGAAUUUUUGGAAAAAAUUUCAAUUGGUUUCUUAUGUAGAUUGUGACUGCAAAUUUAGGGUGUGCUGAUCAAUUGUUUGUCUUAAUUAAUAUGGCUGUUCAAACCUGCUUGAAGAUCAUUUAUGAUCUGUGUUACAAUUCAUAUGUAUGUUGCAUA